UCUCGCAAAGCUGCGCUGGCCGCCCGCGGAGGGGAGGCUGCAGAACGAGGGCUGGAGGACUCCUUGCCAGCACUGCAGUCUCCUGCCAUGUCUGACCCCAUCACGCUAAACGUCGGAGGGAAGCUCUACACAACCUCACUGGCAACCUUGACCAGCUUCCCUGACUCCAUGCUGGGUGCCAUGUUCAGCGGGAAGAUGCCCACCAAGAGGGACAGCCAGGGCCACUGUUUCAUUGAUCGUGACGGCAAAGUGUUCCGCUACAUCCUCAACUUCCUGCGGACCUCCCACCUGGACUUGCCUGAGGACUUCCAGGAGAUGGGCCUGCUCCGCAGGGAAGCCGACUUCUACCAGGUGCAGCCUCUCAUUGAGGCACUGCAGGAGAAGGAGGUGGAGCUCUCCAAGGCCGAGAAGAAUGCCAUGCUCAACAUCACACUGAACCAGCAUGUGCAGACGGUCCACUUCACUGUGCGCGAGGCACCCCAAAUCUACAGCCUUUCCUCCUCCAGCAUGGAGGUCUUCAACGCCAACAUCUUUAGCACCUCUUGCCUCUUCCUCAAGCUCCUUGGCUCCAGGCUCUUCUACUGCUCCAAUGGCAAUCUCUCCUCCAUCACCAGCCACCUGCUGGACCCCAACCACCUGACUCUGGACUGGGUGGCCAAUGUGGAAGGCCUGCCAGAGGAGGAAUAUACUAAGCAGAACCUCAAGAGGCUCUGGGUGGUGCCAUCCAACAAGCAGAUCAACAGCUUCCAGGUCUUUGUGGAGGAGGUGCUAAAAAUUGCUCUGAGUGAUGGCUUCUGCAUCGAUUCUUCUCACCCACAUGCUGUGGACUUCAUGAACAAUAAGAUUAUUCGGUUAAUACGGUACAGGUAAAAGGACCCCAGCAACACUGGAAGGGGGACUCCCAAGGAGCCUCACAUGAGCCAGGGUCCUGGGGAGUGUCUCACUGGUGGUCUGAAGCCAGGCACACUACUAAUCUGUAUUAAUCACAAGCAGGACUUGAUUCCCCCCAUGAUGCAGUGCACCUGUAGGAAUCCACGUGUCCUCUCAACAGAGCUACCUUUUCCUGGCCAUUUGGAGCUGGAGAUGGGCAGUGUUUUACGGCAAGUGAAUAGUCUGCCGAUGUGUCCUAAAGGAGGCUGCAGGAGGGCUUUCUGACUGGACAAAGGAAUAGCAAUUUUUUCAUGGACCCCAGCUCUCUCUGUACCACUAGGCAGCAUCUCACUUAGCUGUCUUUAAAAAGAGCCCUUGGAGAGGAUGGGGUAAGAACAAAAGGCUCCCUUUGGUUUCCCAGGAUCUGACAUAACCAGAUUCCCAUCCUGCCUGCUCCUCAUCCCUAGGAUACAGCCAGCCCCUUGGACUUGUUUGCCCAGAGGCAACCACAUCUGGCUGGCUUGGAAGCGCAAUGUGAUCUCAGAGCUGUGGCUUAGUACUGCAGGGGUAGAGCUGUGAACUGUCUCGUGGCCUAGAGGAGUGAGCAUCCAGGCAGGGUUCAGAAGGUGGGGUAUCUCUCUUCACUGAGCCAAAUCUAGGCAUUUCAGGAUUUCUGGCUUCAUAUGAGCUGCUGUCCCUGCAAAGAUAUGAAAGUAUCUGGAGCUAGUGCAGUGAAAGGCACUUCAGAAUAUGACCUGUUACCUGACUUUUGUAAUCCUUUCCCCAAGAAUUUGAAGUAUCAUUGAAAGAAGGUCAUUUUGAACAAACAUAUUAUGGACUCUCAGGGUUGGAAAAUGAGUCAAUGGUUACUUAGUCCUCCCCCACCCCAACACACCGCAGCACACUUGUGCGGAGCACCCCUCCCUAGUACCUUCACGUGAUGCACUGUCCCUGUUCACAUAUUUCCAGCAGGGGAAGCCCGCGGUCCCCAAAGCAGCCCUGCAUGUUUGGCUGGGGUGCUGUUAGCAGGUCCUUCCUUAUAUUGAGCCAAACUUUGUCUUUCCACUCCCAUUUUCUUGUCUUGAUUUUCCUUUCUUCUCAUUCAAAUAUGUAUUUUCUCUUUCAAAAUAGUCACUUUGAGAGGCCAGAUACUUAUUCUGAAAAUAUUAUUAUUGAAGUCAGGAUUCCCCUUGGGACUUGUCUUCAGAAUGCAGGUGAGCCCCUCCCAACCCCAAUUCAUGUGGCUGGCCUCCUUUGUAAACUCCAUGCCACCCACCUUCUCCACCAGCCGCAGCUCCGCACAGCUUUUGACCACCUCUGGAGGUGGGUGAGAUUCGCUGCCCCCGAGGAAGGGCUCCUGGAGGAAAGAGAGCAGGGCCUUGGGGGGCACUGUACAGUGACGAGCCCAUGGUGGUCUGAACAUACCAUUGCCCGUGGAGUAAGCAUCCAGUCCCUACGACACUGCUCUGAAGGAGGUGGCCUUCCCCAGUCGCAUUGCUUCUAGUCAUGAGCAUGCGGGGGUGAAAGGGCAAGACACCCAUGCCACCACUUCCCAGGGGGUGAUAAACAGUGCAGGCUUCGAAACUGCACAUUAUGAUUCAUCCCUGGAGUGAGUAUGGCCUUGGGAGUCCUGGAAUCUCCCCCGCCCCCGCCUCGCAGGGGGUCCUCAGGCAAAGCCAGGGAAGCCUAGUGACACAGGCCCCCACAGGAGGUGGCCCGAGGAAGGGGCUUCCCAUAGUUACACAGUGUAUAUGCUGGGUCCUCUAUGCUGGGCUAUGGGCAGGGCUGCAUCCAUUAGGUAAUAAAGGCCUCUCCCCCUACAGUGGGACCCAGGAGUCUCUGACAGCUGCCCCAGGCCACCAGGCCAAUGGUACUUGGGAAAGCCACUCAGAAGAACCCCACUUAGAACAGACAGCAGAAGCUGUAACCACAACACAAGUUUAAGGAAGAAACGUCAUAAAUAUCACUGCCCCUUUUUCCGCUCCAUAAAAACUCUCCUCCAUCUUUUUGGUGCUUCUUAAUUCAAGCAGCUUGACUUUAGAGAAAGAACAUAACCUGUGAAGCCACUAAUGUGCUGUGUGACUUUAUACAAGUAACUCACAUCACUGAGCCACCUCCAUCUCUUUAUCUGUGAAAUGGGCUUAACAGUAAUACAUAACCCUACCUACCUCACAGGGCUGUUGUGAGGAUCAAAUGAAAUAAUGUAUGCAAGAAUGCAGUAUAACCGAUAAGUGGUUGUUACUAUUUUACAUAUGCUUAUAAGGAAAAAAGCCUGGUCUUGGAGUCAGGCUGACUUGGGUUUGAAUUCUGGUUCUAUCACUUGCUGUGUAAUCUUGGACAAGUCACUGAACCUCUCUGAUUUGUUUCCUCACCAGAUGACAACCCCAUCCUCCAGUGUUAUGUGACUUAAAAUGAGUUGGUAUAUAUGAAAAUUCCUAGCUAGGCCUGGCAGAUAGGAGCUCAGUAAAUGUUUUCUCUUUCAGGAGGUAAUAAUGGUGGAGCGUUGUGUGAGGGACACCAUGAGAGUCCAAUUUAACAAGCCCUUCUGGAGCACGUGGUGUGUGAGCCUGAGGAUGGGAUGAGCCACCCAAAGGUUCAGUCUGGAAAAGCCCGGGAACUUGGGGAAAGCAAGCUCAGUUCUCAGAAAGGGCUUAAUGGGUGGUGGAGCUGGCCCUUGGAGGGUAGGCUUGAUCAUGACAGAGCUAAGGAGGACACUGUGGGUGCUGGCAAGCAGAGGCCUGGGAGCAUGCAGGGCUUGGGGGUGCGGGGGGUGACUGAAGGAAAGGUGCAUUCUCGCAGAGCCACAGUGCAAGGGGAGGGACAGGUGGGGCAGUCAGCAUAUCACCAUGCAGCCCCUUACUUGGGUGAAGCAAAACUGAGACAGAACACUGAGCAUUGCAGGGCACAGGAGUCAGAGUGAGUGUGGACUGGGAGGCAGGGAUGUGCUUCUUGUCAUAAGCCCCUCACUGAACAAGACCCAGCAGUGAUCAAUGAGCUCAACUGGACUUAUUUAGCCUUUUGCACAGCCAAGAACUUUUUCCCAACUGACGGACAAUUCCAGGCACACAUGAGCUCUGUUCCUGCCCUAAGUGUGGUUCUAGGCAUGCAGAGGGAUGGUCAGAAAGGAUGCUCUAGAGAACCCUAAGGCACCUUGGUAUGAACAUUUCAUGAGUCCUGCCACCAGACAGGUACCCUGCAUGCUCAAAGGCCAGCACUGGCCACUACCCUCAGGUACUGCUCUCUAUGACCUCAUGCCCUCAGCUCUUUGCCCUUUCAUGAAGACAAGUCUUGUGAGCUCUGUUCUGCUAGUGGGCCAGAGCUACCUGUGCAGAGGUGGGUGUGCUUGCCCACCGCCACCCCCAACACAAUGCCCAGCACAGCCCGGUGGGAUAGAAUGUGGUCACUGCUUUGUAAAUAGCUGUGUGGCCUAAAACAGUUCUUUUGUAACUAUCCUUUGUUCACCCCAAACUUCCAGCUUCUACUUACAAAUUACUCCUAAACAGGCUACUGUGAAUGGGGGCCUGGCCGAGCUCAGCCUAAAUUUCUCUGCUCAGCCCAUCCCUUUCCUAAACUUUGAUCUCUCCAUGCUGACUGCCUGAGUCUGCCUGUAUCCUGGGGGUCUCAAGGCUGAUGGGGGCUCUUGGCAGGGAAAUGCAGCCCCAUGAUCAUCUCACAGAGCAGAACAACCCUGAUAUCCAGCCCAUCAAGGGGAGGGGCCCAGGCUUGUUUACAGGCUCCAUGGGGUCCUGGGUGUGGCAGCUGUCUGCCCAGACAGCCCAGUGACCUCGGUCUCCUUCAGAACUUUUAGGACAGUGUAGCACCAUGCAGAGAGCCAUGGAGACAGCCUAAUGACAUGCUCACCCCAGUCUGGGGCAGAGAGACCAAGGGGGCCUAUCGAACACAAAGGACAACAAAACCAGACCUGUGGGGCCACUGUCUACCUCUGGCUUCUGGGUAGGAAGUAUGUGCCUAAUGAGAUGUCUCUGACCUUCACUGCCCUGUUUCCAGGUCCCAUUUCACACCAACUCCCCUGGCCCGCCCACCCCAAUCUACAGGACAUUUCAAAGCCUUUGUCAACAUUUCCCAGUUAGCUCGGCUCUAGAGUGUUCUAGCCCAUUCUUAUGUCAGGGGCUCCCUUUUACUGAGGUGUUGAUUAAAAGCCCAAUUGAGUCACAUGAAAAUCUUUUGACAUCCUGCCAGCUAAAGACAAAGGUUGAUGUGUUGUAACAUGGGUACCCCCUCCCCAACCCCAGUUAGUUCACUUUAUAAAUCUAAUAUUGGAUUUGCUUAAUAAACACCCUUUUGUCUGGCACCUCAUGGGUUACCAAGCUCCUUCACAUCCACAGUUCAUGGAAACCUUGAAUGAAUGUGCCAUACCAUUCCAGACCUCUGCCUGAGCUGCCCUUUACUACUUUGUAGCCAACAUCUGC